CGGUUCUGAAAGUAGUGUAAAAUCGUCGAAAAUUCACCGAAAAAUCCCAGAAAAUUCGCCGUUUCCAAGGACGAGGACGAGCCCGCUGAUCCCGAUCGCCGCGUCGUGAUUCCUUUCGUGUACCGCGUGCUCCGUGUAUCCGUGUAUCCGUGUGUGUGCUUGUGUGCGAGUAUUUACCCCCCCGAACCACCCCUGCUCCACCUCACCCGAAGAUGAGACACUAAUUCCCGAACGCCGAGGACGAUCCUUCGUCGGUGCCGAGCUGGCUUCAAAGCCUUCAAUCCUUAGCCACCGACCAACGAGGUACAAUAGGGGAGUAGUAGUAGCUACUACUGUUACUACUGCUGCUGCUGCUGCUACUGGUGCUGACGUGAUGUUGAUCCCGAAUUGGCUCGAUUGGUUCGAUGAAUCCGGGCGUGCGAAUCCUUCCGAAAGUAAUCAUUUCGCGCUGUGAAUGAAGAAGCUGUGCUUGUGCUCUGGUGUGUUUAGUGAGAUUAGUGUGAAGGAACGUAGCAGCAGGUGUGCAAAAAUUAUGUGUCCCGAUUUGUGCCCAGCAACAGCAUUAGUAUAACAUUUGUGAGGCGUUGAAGUGCUUUUUUUUUGCGGGUGGCGCAGAAGUGAACUAACAACAAGUGCGCUGUCCUGCGACCAACGCACCAACGCACCGUAUCGACAACAGCCAGAGCGAGGAGGCGAAGGACGAGCACGACGACAGGCAACGGGGCUACUGCUACACACGGCGUGGUGCAUGUUGUUUAGCAUGGAUUUUCAGAGUGCAAUGGAAACCUUUGCUGAAGCUUGGGUCGCCGCUAGCACUGGAGAACAGACACAAGCACUCGCCCUUACCGCGCGUACCAAAUCCCCGAAGAAGGACUCCUCCGGACCCGGUUCUCCGGUGCAAGAGUCAUCCGGAAUGGCAAGUCCAAAGGUUGCGAACGCCACGACGCUGGCCGCCACCAGUACAUCAUCCAGUAGCUCGAGUUCAAGUAACAACAGUUCGGCGGAACCACCACCACCACCACCACCAUCAGUACCGGCACCGGCACCUCCGGGGACAUCCGGAACUCACCUAAACACCGAUGGCGUUCUUCCGCUUCAUUCACAUUCCUCGUCGAGUACCACCACCAGUUCCAAUGGUGCGGCACCUUCGCAUCCUGCCAUCAGUGUGUCCCAAUCGUUGCUAGCGGCAGCUGCGGCGGCCGCGGUCAGCAAUCGCUCCGCUACACCGCGCAUUACCGUGUCCACCUCGCUCGGUGCCUCGACGGUCGAUCGCGAGAAUGGUCCCCUCGGUUCGGGUUCCGUUGGUAAUGGUGGUGGUCCACGGGAUGGCGGCUGUCUAUCGGGGCGAGAUUCGGGACUUGGUUUAGCAGCACCGACCAGCAACCAGUCCUCUUCGGCCAUUGCCGGCAACAACAAUAGCAACAACAACAAUCCCUCCAAUGGACCCUCCGUUUCGGAACGGACGAUCCUCCAGUCACCGGUGGCGGCCGUUGCGGCGGCAGCCGCCGCCAUGCAGGACCGAAAGCAGGACUUUGAUUUCAGCAAAGUGAACGCGAAAUCACUGCCCCUGCACUGUGUGGUCGAGUCCGUCAGCUCACUGCAGACGACCCUUAACUUUGAUGCCCGAAGUCCCUGGAAACGGCGCCCGAACGUCGAAACGGACAGCUACGUCAUCAUACCGGCGGCAACACCCUUUUGUGAUAUCGUCACGACCGCCCUCCAGCGGCUCGGUUACUCCAACGAGAUCUCCAACACCGCACGAGGUUCCAUUUCGAUCAAAAACUGGAAGUCCCUCUCGCUGGACGCCAUCUCGGACAAUCCGCUCGUCUCGGUCAGUGACAUUCUCGGUGAGCUGACGUCCGUGGUGACGCUCAAGAUCACGAUCCUACGGAGCAAACCGACCCAGCUGGCCGAAAUCAAGGACAAGCUACUGAAGCUGCUCAUCCUCCAGUCACACGCGCUGCUCCGCUCGACCGGUUGUCCCCUCGAUGAGAUAACACUGUCACAGAUUUGUCGCAGUCCGCUGCAGAAUACGUUCCCGUUCGGACCGGAGAUUAGCGAAGAGACGCGGCGUAGCUUCGAUCAGUGGUGGAGCAAUCAGUUGGCCCCGCAACCGAAUCCGAUCGCCCACAAGAUCCUACCGUUCGUCAAUCCGCAGCAACCGGGCGAUCAUCUGGACUUCUCCAGCCAAGGCUUUUCGGCCAGUUUGCUCGGACAGUCGAAGCGUGAUGUUGGGCUGCUGGUUGGUGGUGGUGGUGGUGGUGUAGCAGACCAUGUCGGUGGAGGUACUGGAGUCGGCGUUGGCAUUGGUGCCGGUGGUCAUCAUCAUGUAAGCCCGGGACAUCAUCCACUGGUAGGUCAUCCGGCACUUCAGACCAUUCCAUCGCCCUACCCGAACCAAAAGACGCGCAUGAGGACAAGCUUCGAUCCGGAGAUGGAGCUCCCGAAGCUGCAACGUUGGUUCCAGGAGAAUCCUCAUCCAUCGCGCCAACAGAUCCAACAGUACGUGGUAACGCUCAAUUCCCUCGAGUCACGCCGUGGCCGAAAGCCGCUGGACGUGAAUAACGUCGUGUACUGGUUCAAGAAUGCCCGCGCGGCACAGAAGCGAGCCGAGAUGCGGCAGGGUAUGACGAAUGGGUUCGGAACACCGGGCAUGAUGUCACUGUCGCAGGCUGGGGAUUAUAUGAAGAGUUCACCGAGUGCACCUUCGGAGGAUAUUGAUGCCCUGUCGCAGGAUGAGAUGGAUGAUGAGCUGGAGGAUCGUCCGAUGUCACCGCAGCUUCCACUUUCACUGACAAUCCACGAAAGGAAUCAUCCACUUACACCGACUACCGUCCUCGGGCAAACACCGAUCAAACAGGAACCUCAUCUAGUAACCAGUGGUAGUGGUGAUGGUGGUUCCGUCAACAGUCCACCUCCUUCGCCACAUUCGAACUCGAAUCACGGUGGUGGCCAUUCGCAGGCGCAGAAUACUGCCCAGAACAACAACAACAAUAACAACAAUGGAUCCACGAACAACUCCACGGCCAGUAACCACGGGACGACCGCCGCCGGGCUGUCCUCGAACCUGAACAACAACAACAACAGUAACCAUGGUAACAACGAGUCAAUCAACAGUGAGUCGGGAGAUCGUGCACAAGAUCGGAGCGGUGGUCCCAAAUCGAACUACUCGGGCGAAAGGAGCAACUCACCACCCCGUUCGUCCCGUUCGCCCGCCUCCGAAGAUCUCGAUAUGGAUGAACCGGAUGUGAGCAACUUGGACGACUAUCGGACAACACCGUCCCCGGAUUCCGGCAAACGUCAGCUGCCCUUCCCGAUGAACAAUCCGAUGCUUUCGCACUCGAUCAUGUACAUGUCGCACUACAUUCCGGCCAUGCAGGGUGCGGCCGGGAUGCACCUGAAGGGUGACUUUAAUCCGGCCGGACCACAUGCGGCCGCCGUCCUCGGUCAGGGUGGUCUCAAUCUGUCGUUCAACAGUGACGAACGGCGGAAGCGCAACCGAACGUUCAUCGACCCCGUCACCGAGGUACCGAAGCUGGAGCAGUGGUUCUCGAUGAAUACGCAUCCCUCGCACACGCACAUCCUGAAGUACACCGAAGAUCUCAACCGGAUGCCUUACCGCCAAAAGUUCCCGCGACUGGAGAGCAAAAAUGUGCAGUUUUGGUUCAAGAAUCGACGCGCCAAGUGUAAACGGUUGAAGAUGUCCCUGUACGAUCCGGCUCAGCUGGCCAACCUGAGCGAACAGGCCCAUCUGGCGGCACUACACGAUGCACCGCACCUGUCCGGACUGCACGAUGCCUCCCAGCUACCAUCGUUCCAUCAUGGCGACCGGGAUUAAAGCGACGCAACGGGAUGCCGUAGUCGGCGUUGUCCGUUCGAUCGCGAUCCAUCCGAUCGAUCGUCACUUCCUUCACCGAACCAAAGAGGGUAAAGAGGGUGGUUGCCAGAGGGGGUGUUGCUAGCGAGUGGAGGUGCUGGCCAACAACGAAACAGAAGCGUUAGGUGUAUGUGCGAAGUCAGGUUAGCUCGUGAUGCGAUGUCCUUUAUCAACGAAAUGGUAGUAUCACCUUUUCUCUCUCACUCACUCAAGCUUCUCAUAGCCUCCUCUUCCUUUUGUAUCCUUUUGUUCGACCGCAAGUCGCGAGUCUUGGAAGGCUUCUCCUGUGGAACACUUUCCAGUGACUGUGGCCGAGGGAUUCGAUCAAAGCAACCAGUAUUUACGACAAUGAAGCCCCGUUUUUUCGGAGGUCCUUUUUUGGGACACAAAAAACGGAACGAAUCAGUGGCAUGAGCCUGCGUAGCUUGCAGCUGGCCAGAACCAUUGCCGCCGUAUUUCCACCAACACUGCACUGCACCACCACCACCCCUCGUGUGCAUGCGAGAUAAUGGGAUGGAAAUCAAAUGAUUUAAACACAAUAUAAUACCACCCAACGUACUUGCUGUGUGCGUGCGUGCGUGUGUGUGUGAUAGUGGAAAAUCAUAUCUCCCUUCUUCUCCUCUUGCACGAUAAGCUCCGCUUCCCGUGGAAGAACCAUCCCGGAGUGUCCGGUCUUUGGUUUCUUUGUAAAACGACGCGAUCGGCGUGGCGUGCGCGGGUUUUUCCGAACCGGUUUCGCGGCAUUACUUCGCGCGCACGAGUUCCAGGGGGAAAAAUCAUCAUCCUUGGUAAUACCCACCGCAGCAGCAUCCUCCGCAGGAUUCAUCGAAAAGCUUCCCGGGGACGACGAGUAACGAGGAUGCAGCAUUGCAGCAGCAGCAGCAGCAGCAGCAAGGACCAAACAACCUGUUGCCUGUACUGUCUGCUAGUGCUCCGAUCUGCCUUUAUGCUCAUUUAUGAGUGAUGAACAGUUUGCAGUUGCACCCCAAACCUCGGAAAGCGCCACCAUUAUGGGGAUAGGGCGUGGUGAUACGGGGGGAUUGGUUCGAUGAUGGCGACCCGGCCCCGGGAUGGAAUUACGCUGCUAAUUAUAUUAUUAAAACAAAUGGAAUGAAAAACGAGCCCCUGGUGCUGGUGGUGAAUCAGGUGGAAAAUCCUGGUAGCUACCACGGACGAUGGAGCGCCAGCGCGUCCGCGGCGUGGCGUGGCGUGCGGACCGUGAUUGACAAUUUCAUGAAAGAGCGACUCAGCGGUCCAUCAUCACCACCGCACCGGCUGGCGGCCUAUAAAGAGCUCGACAGACAGAGAGAGAGAGAUAGAGAGAGAUUUUCCGGGUGAACUACAAAGCGACCUCCUCUGGCCCCUUUAUUACCUUCCUCCGUUGCUUUUCCCUUACCGCAACAAAAGCUCAACAGGCUCCGGGGACGCACUCACAUACACACGCAUGCACGCACACACACACGGGCCCCCAGGGCAUAAUAUUUAUGAUUAUUUAUUAAUUAAUAGGCGGAAAAUGCACUUGUGUGCCGUGUUGUGCAGGAGAGGAGCUGGUGCAUCUCCUCUUGGAACGCUUCAAUCAAAAGCCUGGAACCUUGUGGUGGUCAGUGUCAGUGAGGAAGGAAGAGAGGGAGAGAGAGAGGAAGGGGGGUCCAACCGACCGCUUAUUACAUUAGCGGUUUUUCCCAAUUUUCGGAGCGAUUUUCCGAUCGAUCCGAUAUUGUUGUCGCACCGCCGGUCCUCCAACCACGGUUUACCAUAAUGAGCGUUGCGAACGAGCCAGCGAGCGAGCGAGCGAGCGGCUUUUGUGUGCACUCGCCGGGGACGCCACUAAUGCCGCCGCAGAAAGAAGUGGUCAAGGGAGGUAGCUUGGUUGCGAGAAAAUUGGAAAAAUCACUAAAACCAUCCACCGAGCGCUCGCGAGUGCUGUGGUUAGUAUGAGGUGAUGUGAAGCACAUAAUAUGGAGACCGAUAUUCGGUGUCUGUCUCUCUCUCUCUCUCGCGGUACCGGGACAGAGAGAGAGAGGCGCACUAUAUGCACUUAACUAUAAUUCUUUAAAAAAAAACAUCGAAACUAACGCGAAAUGACGGUAUGUAAUACCAAUUCCUAGGGCGCUCUAUAUAGUUGGCUAAUCAUUAGCUGGUACAGUUAGCGAACACAAAGAGAGAGAGCGAGAGAGAGAGAGAGAGAGAGUGCACGGAUCUCCCUAAUUUUGUUUUGUUUUUUGUUUCUGGUACGUCCAAAUCCGUUCCAACGGGGUAGAAAAAGUGCGGAUUUCCCGAGAAAGGUAGCCAUGUAAGAAAUCAAACAUUUCAAACAAAUCAAACGACGACGACGACGACGACGAAGUCCAAACGCGAAGCUAUGUUAUGUGAAAAGAAAGAGAAUAGAGAAUAGCGAACAUAUGCUAGUGAGUGAUGGUCUAACUUUACCUUGUACAUAGAUGUAUCUGUAUACAUAAACGAUAGUUAUAUGCUAGCCAAUAGGAAGAAGCAGAAAAACGGGGGGGGGGAGUUAGUUCUAGUAGCGUAAGAAGCAUAGCGUACACUAAGCUAAGUAAAGACAGUUUAAAUUAGAACAAAAUAUUGCAAACUGGGCACGAACCGGGGGGGAAAAAACGAUUUUACAUCGAGAUGUAGCACACAGAUACACACAGAAACACACACACACACAUACCUGUUCACUUCACACCACCCCCCAGCACACCGUACACUAUUGUCUCCUAGCGUCUGUAAUUAUGAGAGGUCGGAGGGCCCUUGAGGGCCAAAGUCAGCAUUCCCGCAGCAUUUUUAGUAAACUAGUGAAGUAGUGAAAGUGUCCUCUAAUAUUCCCGCGAAGCAAGCGAAACAUUAAACUAAUAAAUCCGACGAAAAAAAAAACAAGCUUAGUGUGUAAUCAGCAGCAGCAGCAGGAGGAGAAAUUUCGUAAAUCUCGCGUUCACAGACUCAACAACCCCAAAUUACCCCCGAAGGUAUGCAAAGUCGCCG